GGAAGAGAGCCAUCGCGAGGCAGGCAGCGUGGCCAUGUGCCCGCCGGUCAGCGCGCGGUACGGGGGCGAGGGCAUGUCCUACCUGCACGCGUCCUGGGUGUAUCAGCUCCGACAUGGCGGCCGGCUGGGGGUCUGCUUCGCCUGCUUCAGGGCUGCCUUCCUGGAGCUCAGAGACCUGCUGGGGUUGGAAGACUGGGAAGACGAGGACUGGGACCCUGAGCUGCUGGACCACGGCGAGGCGGGGCCCGAGCAGGGGGCAUCCCCGGGGAUGGGGCUCGGCGGGGGGCAGGGCCCCGGCCACCCCGCGCAGGGGGCGACUGUGGACUGGGGGCCGGGCACCGCGGCGUCGGCCCCGGCGGCGUCUGAGGAGGUGGGCCCGGACCCCCCCCUGGUGCCCACCGAGCUGGAGCCUCAGGACGCAGCUCCCCUGGGCCUGGGCCCCGAGGAUGCCGACUGGACGCAGAGCCUGCCCUGGAGGCUCGGCGGGCCCCCCACCUGCGCGCACUGGCCGAGCCUCCCCCCUGCAGGGCAGGGGCUUCCCAAAGUGGACCUGCCCCCGGGGGAGCCCAUGGUGUUGGAGCUGCGCAGCACCGGGGCGGGGGACCCUGCCGAGGCCGAGGCCUGGCUGAGGGGCCUGCAGGUCAUCUCCGUGGCGGGCGGCUACGACGCCGUCUACCUCCGCAAGAUGACAGUAGGGCGGGCCCUGAGGACCCCGGGCCAGGGCUGGACGCUGCUGCUGGAGCCCGACGAGGUGGUGAGACUGCAGGACGCGCCCCAGGAGCAGUGGCAGCUGCGCGUCCUGGAGUGCCUUCCUCCGGGCCAGAGCGGAGAGCUGGUCCCCGCGGCCUCGGCGCUGCUGAGGAGGGGGUUCAGCAUCCUCUCCUACUCCCCCUGGGCCACGAGCGAGGCCGGGGAGGGGGCCUGCGCGUCCGGGCCGCAGCCCUCAUCCUCCCGGGGACAGGGCUCCCAGCACCCCUGAGACCUGGAGCCAGGGGCCCAGUGGGUGC